GGUAUGAUAAUCUCUGCAGAACCUGCAAAUGUCAAUGGAAGGCGACAGUGCGGGCGGGCCAUUCACAGCUGCCCAGCCCAGGCACAAACCCGGUACCAGUGGCGGGCGCCGAAUCCACGUCAGCCCUGUGGUAAAGCAUUGUGAAACUGAAUGUCUUCUGAGCCAUGCCUUGGGUGACAGGCCUGGCUCUUGCCGCGGCUGUCGUCACUGGAUCCAGCCUAUGUUGUGUCGUUUCGCCUAGCACGCCGACCCAGCCCAAGCAAUUGGCGCUCGAAGUAUAUUUCGUAAAGGACUUCUCACUGCUUACGCAUAACCCAAUUCAGCCUGCACCUCCCACACAGCUGCACCGUUGCUAGCGCGCUCGCACUCUGGGCAAUUCACGCGACCGUUCAUUUCCAAUUGUUAUUUCUCUUGUUUUAUCACUUGCAGCUUUACUAUUCGGGCAACAAGAACACCUAGCGCUCGGACGGUUCCAAGUCAACGCUGAAGUGGAAAUGCGGGUUUCUUCCGAGCCGGAAUGUGCUCGCUGAGCGCUUGGCGCUUGUAACAUCAAGUAAUAAUGUCACACAAUAACAUAGAUGAGUCGCCGGGCUUCCACAUGCUACGUCCGCCUUCAGCGCAAGCAGCGGACGGCCUUAACGACUCCGGCCGCGUUAAGGGCCGGGCCCGUUUGGACGGCGACAGCAAUUCCGCUCAGAGCACCCCCGUGCGACAUACCGUGUCGCGGCCGGGGCCGGGCGCGCCAUGGCCCUCGCCGCAGCAACACGCGACUCCGCCGACAGGACAGGCGCCCAUGCACGGACUUCCGCCCCUGCCCGCCAGCCGCCCGCACCCUCACCCGCCUGACGGCAGCCACGCAGGCCCGCACACACAGCACGGCAAUCACCUAGCCCCUCAUCACCACGGCAGCCGUAGGCCUCCACAUGAGGACCUGCUGCCCUCGGGCCCGCCGCCGCGGCCACGUCGCAUGGAGCCCGAGGCCCAGUGGAUAACGCGCGGGGGAACUGGUGGGGUUGCCAGCUACGGCGCGGGCAGCGCAUACGCCGGCAGCUUCGGCGGUAGCCACGCCGGCACAUCGGGAAGCGGCGGCGGCGGCACAGGCACAGGCUUUGACGGCGGGCGCUGGGCCAGCAGCAGCGGCGGGGGCGGCAACCAAACCGCCAGCUCAUCGGGCGGUGCAAGCGAGCCGGGGGUUGACCGGCGCUUCCAUGAUUCCUUCAACUCACAUAGGUCACCGGGGAAGAUGCCAGACUACCUGAAGGUGUACACGGUGCCAAAGGAUGUACAGUAUGAGGAGGACAUCAUCGUCGAGCCCAUCAUCCAGUCGUUGGGCCUGGGGGAUAAGGCGCUGGAGGCACGCAUCGUGGACCAGAUGAGCAACCUGUACGACUUCUUCCGGCGGCUGAAGGACCAGGACGCGGAGGAGAUACGCGGCCUGCAGGCGGCACUGGUGGCGCGGGACGCCGACCUGCGCGGCCUGCGACUGGAGAUGGAGCGGGAGCAGCAGCAGCACAAACUGCAGAUGGCGGCGGCGGCGGCCAAGCAGCAGGGGCUGCUGCAGCAGCUGCCCAGCCCACCAUCGCCCUCGCGCUGGAAGCAGGGCGGGCCCGCGACGCACACGUCGGAGGCGCCGGCGGCGGGGGGCUAUGGAUCGCCGGCAAAGCAGCAGCCUUCUCCGACACGCGGCAAGGGCUGGAGUGGGCCGCCGCUGUUGUCCCUUAUAGUGCCGCCGGUGCUCAGCCCCGCGCGGCCGUUUUUCAAGUGGUGGGCCAACGUGGCGCACUGCUACCAGCGGCGCACCACGCUGUGGCUCUUCAUCGCAUUCCUCCUGCUGCUCAUCCUGGCCAUCGGCCUGCUGGCGGGGUUGCUCAGCAGAGGAGGCGGGGGCGGCGACGCGCCGCCGGUGGUCGUGCCAUACACCGGCACGGGGCCGGCGGUGACGUCCUUGUGGUCGGACGGGUUGGCGUUCACAGUGAACAUGACGGCGGGGGCGACUGCCUUCUAUGCGCUGGUGCCGCGCGUGUCGCUCCUGGCUGCCAACUUCACGCCCGCCGCGGCGGACGUGCGCGCUCUGAUGCGCGGCCCGGCGGGCGCCUCCCGCCUGGGCGCCUCGGCGUCCGCCUGCGGCGAGCGCACCACGACGCAGGGCCGGCAGUUCACGUGGAUGGUGACGGACAGCGGCAUGAGCGGCGGCGGCGGUGGCAGCGGCGGCGGCUCGCCGUCGUCGGCGAUGGCGUAUUGUGAGGUGCCGGGGUCGCUGACGGGCGCCUGCGCGCUGUGCCCCGAGGUGCUGCCCGCCAAGUCGUAUAUGCUGCUGGUGGCCUUCGCCGACAGCGAGUCGCUCUUCCAGCUGCCCCUCACUACCGCACCGGACACCAUGCUCCCGUCAUCACAGCCCUCCUCCAGCCCGUCGGCCUCGCGCGCGCCCGACUUCUCCGUGUCGCCCAGCGCGCGCGCCACCGGCCCCAGCUCACUUGCCAUCUCGCUCACCCUUGCCUCGCCCGGCAUUGUCCGCUACCUGGUCUUGCACACAGUCUUGUACGCCCAGUCGGGUGGUGCCUUCGUGUCGUACGCGAGCGAUGACCCCGUGGCGGGCCAGACGCUGUCGCUGAUGGCGGCGCCUUUCUCCGGGGUGGUGGGCGUGGGCGGCGAGGUGGCGGCGGGCGCGGUCAACGUAACGCAGGCCGGCGUAAUCACCACCAUUUCAGUGGAUGGGUUCAGCAACGUGUCGAUCCCGGCGGGCUCUCUGGGCGGCUGCUCUUGUGUGCCUGCCGCUGGCGGCCUGAGCGGCAGCUGCGCCUGCGCCAUGCCGGCGCCGUGCCUCGGCGCCAUGUGCAACUCCGGGCCGUCGGCCCUGGCGCCGGGGGGCACCUACAAGGUGUUUGUGUCGGUCGGCAGCGCUGACGGCUCCACCGCCGCCGCCUCCACCAAUGGGCCGGUCCUGGCGGGGGUGGUCACCACCGCCGCGGACGCCUCGGCCCCGAUGCUGUCGCCGGCCGCGGGUGUGCCCGCCGGCGCGGUGACGGCGACGGGCGCCACGCUGAGCGGAAUAGCGCUCGACACGUCAGGCAUCGUGUACCUGAUGAUGGCGCAGCCCUUGUCCACGACCCCGCAGCAGGCCAUUCCCGCGGGGACAGCCACGGGCUUCACGGAGCAGUCCACAACCGCAGCCGCCCGGCGCCGCAGCCUGUGGGCUCCUGAUGCAUUUGGUGACGCUGGCGAGGAGCUCCGGCUGGGCCACAUGUGGUCAUCAGCAGCGGAAGGCUACGGGGUCGAGCAGCAGCGGCAGCGGCGGCGCCUGCUGCAGAACUCGCCGCCCGCCGCGCAGUCGACACUGCAGGCGGCCAACGCAGCAAGCAGCGGCACGCUGGCGGUCCUGGACCCACUGCCCUCGACACAGGUGUUCGCGCCGGCCUGCCCGCGCACUGUCGCAUGCGACACCUCCAAGAUCGACGCUGCCUACCUGCGGUCGGGCUAUGAGCUGUUGGCCGCGCCCACCCGCUGCCUGGUGCUGCCCAACGUGCGCGACGGCCCCACCAGCCAGUUGCUGGCAGGCCUGGCCAACGACACCACCUACACCCUGCGCAUCAUCACAGAGGACACCAACAGGAACCAGCGUGCCUACAGCGCGCAGCUGCACACGGUGGAUCUACGGCCGCCAGUGGUGCUGUCAGUGCAGGCGGCGCCCGGUUUCAGGGCCUUCAACCUCACCGUCACCUUGUCCGAGCCGGGCGCAGUCACCGCCUUCCUGUACACCACUGCCGCGGCAGCCAACCUGACCUUUGGCGCCCAGACCGCCUACCCGCCGAGUCCGCAGGGCCCGCUCAUCCAGAGCGCGAGCGCGGCCACCACCGUCAGCGCUGCCGGCACGCCGCCCUCCGGCCUCACCGCGUACUCCCUGGUCUUCAACGACCCAAGCAUAGCCGCCAAGACCAACUACAGCGUGGCUCUGUUCGCGCAGGACCUGCCCGGCAACGUGCAGCCGCAGGUCAGAGUGGUGGCGGUGUCCACCGAGGACAACCUGCCGCCGGCGUGGCUGGCGGCGGCGGCGGCGCCCGGGCCGUACGACGUGCGGCUGAGCGGCGCCACGGAUGAGGCGGCGCUGAUGUGGUGGUUCCUGCUGGCUGGUGACGUGGCGUGCCCCACCACGGCACAGCUGUUCCAAUGCGUGGACAGCCUGCCUGCGAUCACCGGCAACUUCAACUUCGUGUCGCGCGGCUCUGUGGGCACCGUCGGCGCACCCGCGAGCUUCGCCUUCAACACCAGCGGCCUCAGCGACGCCCACAACUACACCAGCUGCAUGAUCGCGCAGGACAUGUCGCCGCAGCGCAACCGGCAGGUGCUGCCGCCGCAGCGGGUGUUAUUCACCACGCUGGACCGCACGCCGCCGCUGCUGACCGCCGUGGCCAUUGCGGGCACAGACGGUAGCUUCACGUGUGACAGGGUCCGCUACAUCUGCCGCCUGGACCUGAACGUGUCACUCAGUGAGGCCGGCACCACGCUGCUGGCACUGCAGUACGCGCCGCCGCCCACCGCCUUCCCCUCCGCCGCCGCGCUGCUCAACAUGAACCUCAGCGACCCCGCGCCCGGCGUGCUGCGCGCCGGCAACCUUGACUUCGGCCCCGGCGGCGGCUGGCAGCAGCUGCCGCUCAACACGCUGGGCUCGGGACGCACCUACAGCUUGUCGGUCGCCGCCGCGGACGCCGCCGGAAACAUCCAGCCCGCCAUCGUGACGCUGACGCUCACGGCGCCCGACAUCACACCGCCGACCAUCACACGCGCCACCGCCGCCAGCACCGCGGACACGGCCAUCACCGCCAACGUCACCCUCAACGAGUCCCCCAGCACGGUACUGUGGAUGGCUGUGCCCGCUGCUGCCUCCGCCACCUCUUCCACCACAUCCGCGCCUCCGCCGCCGGACGCCGCCAACGUCGUCGCGGCGGCCACAGCGCAGCAGCCGCUGGCAGGCAUGGCGACCUACGCGCCCGCUAACAACACUGGCGGCCAGGGUUUCGCCACGUUCGCCGUGCCAGGCCUCACCCCGGGCCAGGUCUACAACCUAUACCUGGUCGGCCGCGACGCUUCCGGCAACACACAGACUGUGGUCACCACCGUCGCCGGCGUGCGCACCUCAGACUCCAGCCCGCCCGCCAUCCUGACCUUCAACAGCACCACCGUCACCAGCGGCAACCGCCUCACACUAGCCCUGAACGCCUCUAAAGCCGGGACUUUAUACUUUAUCGCCAUCCGAGCCGGCGGGCCCGUGCCCACACGGCAGCAGCUGCUGCAGCCGUCCACCUACCCGGCGCCCUCCUUCGCCAACUUCAGCGGCAGCAUGCCGGUGCAGGCGGCGUGGACGGCGGCUAGCUCGAGUCUGUGUGUGGCGGACGGGGCGAUCUUCCAGGUGUGGGCCGUGCUGGAAGACUUGGAGGGCACCUUCCCUGGCCGCACGCCCAACUACAGCAACGUGACCAGGGCUACGCAGGUGUUGAACGACACCUCCGCGGGCUCGUGCGCGCCGCGGGCGGCCAUGCGUGCCGUGCGGCUGGAUGUGGCGCUGUCGUCCGGCAGCCUGGGCUGGCCCGUGUCGCGCCUCAUGCCGGCAAACGACACAGGCAGCAACAGCUCCUGGGUGCAGGACUUUGCGAUCACCGGCGGACUGGGCGGCUCGGUCGGCAACACGGGCGCGGUGGUGGCGAGUGUGGAGGGCCUGCCGCUCGGCGCGUUCGUGUUCCAGCCCAGCAGGCCGCUGCCUGCCAGCGUCCGUGUGGUGCUGCAGACUCCCACGCUGUACCUGGAGCCGCCCGCCGUGGCCGCCGCCGCCGCCGCCGACACCGGCCGCAUGCUGCGCUUCGCCUUCCAGCUGUUAGACAGCGCGCAGCGCAGCACGGUGGGCGGCUCGGGGCUGCGGUUGGUUCCCUCGCUCACCACCUCCCUGGCCGCCACAAGCGACGGCCGACUGGUGCUGCCGGAGUGCGUGCUAGACGCCGGCUUGGGCGUGGGCUCGGGCACGACGGGUGCAGCGGCUGGUGCUACGGUGCUGGUGGGCGGUGCAGGCACGUGUGCAGUGGAGGUGCCGGCGCAGGUGUUCCCGGUGCCGGGCGGCAACGCGACGGCGUCACUGCAGGUGGACGUAUACAACGGGACUUCGCUGCUGGUGAGCUCGGCGGCGCUGCAGGUGACGCUGCAGAGCGCCGUCACCCUCAGCGUGACGGCACUCGCCAGCGGCACCACUCUGCUGCUGUCGCUGCCCAGCCGCCCGCUGCGGGCGGGUGAGACAUUCCGCGCCACCCUGACUGCCAUCGUCAGCUCCCUCCAGCCUAUUGUCGGCUUCUCGCUGCCGCUGCACUACCGCUCCACCCGCCUCGCCUUCGUGCGCGCCGAGCGCUCCCCGCUGUGGGGCGAGCUGGGCGCGGUGGCGGUGCCCGACGGCGCCGUCAGCAACGGCAUGCAGCUGUGGCUCACAUCGCUGUCACGCACCCUGCAGGACGCCAGCUACGUGGGCCAAGCGGUGCCGCUGCUGGACGCCUACUUCACCCUGGUGGUGGACCCAGCCGCCAUACCCGCCGGCGGCGGCCUCACAGUGCCACUGCUAUCGCUCUUCACAAACGACACCGCGCUCUACCCCUACGCGGCCGGCCCAACGGUGCGGCUGUUGGACUUCCAGACGGCGGCCGGCAGCGGCGGCAGCACCGCGGCGGCGGCGGCGGCGUUCGUGGUGGCGGCGCGGCCUCUGGCGCUGCUGAGCUACCUGCCCAACCACGACCUGUUCAACACAGCAGUACUGGACGGCAACUCUGUCACAUCCAACAUUCAGGCUCUGGUGGUGUACGACUGGGCGGACCCCGUCGAGGCCUCGCUCUCCGCCCCCGCCAGUGCCGCCAUCGCCACCGGCUGCACCUGCACCGCCCCCAGCAGCCUGGCGCCGGUGCUCAGCCUCGACACAUGCCGCGUGCUGCUGCGCUCCACGCACACACAGCCCACCAAGCAGUCCUUGCUCAGCGUGGACUGCGGCGGCCUGGCUGCGGCGGCCGGCUCCAGCGCCGCUGCCCUGAAGGCGCAGGUGGCUGUGACGGUGUGGUACCCGGGCACCUUCCGUGCGGAUGCCUCGGACCCGGACAAGGUGCUGAGCAGCCUACUGCCCGUCAAUGUGCCGGCGGCCUCAGCCAGCAGCUGCAGCGACAGGUACCAGAGUACUCAGCUGCAGCUGUACGCCACGUGGCUAAACGGCGGCAACGGCGGCCCGCCCGACUACGUGUCGCUGGUGGACGUGAGCCGCCUGGCCGCCAACUGGACCUCCGACCAGCCGCAGGCGCUGCGCAUCAGCGGCACCAGCGCUGUGGGCCUGGCUGCGACCGCGGGUGCCACGGUGUCGGCUCUGGCGGCGGACGGCACCAUCCUGGCCAGUGUGCGCCUGGCGGUGUCAGACACUCCCGUGUGUGUGGAGUCGUUGGACGCAGUGGCGCUGACGGAGGUGGCCAUCGCCGCCGCGGACGCCGCCAGCAGCCUGCCGUCCGCCGGGAACAACUUGCGCCUGCGCUUCACACCGAUGCAGCAACUGAAUUGGGAGCAGGCCACCGCGCGCGUCAGCGUGUUUGCCUCCCUCGGCGACGGCAGCAGCCUGCCCGUCUCCCGCAACAGCGUCACCGCUGCCGUACAGCCGCUCACGAGCGCCAACAGCACCACCACCAGCGGCAUCCCCUUCCGGCUGCAGGCGCUGACGGGCUUCGCCUCUGUCAGUCUCAUCGUCAACGGGAGCUUCGGCGCGCCGGCGUUGUGCGGGCCCUACCUGCAGAGCCGCUGGAGCGCCUGCAGCGGCACGCUGCCGAUGGCUACGGGCACGGGUGUGGUGCAGGUGGCCCUGCCCCGCCCCACCGCCAUCUCCGCCAUGUUGGUGUCCUCCGACUCCAUCGCGCCGCCCGGCAGCGGCGCCGCGCAGGCGCCCAUCUCCGUGCCCGUGCGCGCCAGCCUCACGGUGCUGGUGGCCUUCGACGACGGCCGCGUGCGCGACAUGACCGCCGACCCCCGGCUGGAGGUGCUGGUGGCGCAGGGCGCAGACCUGUGCGCAGUACAGCGCGACGCCACCACCAGCAGCCCCUACGUGCAGGCCAUCGCCUCGGCCUCCGCCGCGGGCGGGCUGUGCCGCCUGGACGCGCGGUUCACCUUUGCCAACCUGCCGCAGCUGACCGCCAGCAACUCCACUCAGGUGGUGACGCUGGCGGCGCUGCAGGUGUUUGUGAUGGACGGCGCGGUGGCGCCCGCCGCGCCGCCACCCUACGCGCUCAACAGCUCCUCCCUCACGGCCCUGGCCAGCCCCGAUGUGCCGCUGCGGCUGUUCAAGUGCGACUUCAGCCACUACAUGCCGGCGAGUGUAUGGGUGAUGGGCCGCCUGAGCAGCUGCGGCACCAGCUGCACACUGGCCGACCUGAACGACCCAUCCGCCACCUCGCUCCAGCUCUUCUCCACCGCCUCUGUCGCGCUGGCGCCCAACCCGCGCAACGCGCGCCUCGCCAACGUGCUGUCGCCCAUCCGCCCCGGCUCCACCACCCUCACCGUGUCCUUCGGCUCGGGCGCCGCCACCGCCUCCUUCACCGUAUCGGUGGAGGACACGUUCAUCAGGGGCUGGCCGCGUGUUACCAACAUCACCGACACCGGCUUCCUCAUCAGCGCCAACAUGACGUCGGCGGCCUUCCGUGUGACGUACCUGGUGCGCCGCCCGCUGGUGUCCGGCGAUGGCGUGCCCACGGCUGCCGAGGUGGAGCGAGUGGGCGUGUCUCUGUCCGCCGGCACGCCGCUGCCGGGCGGCGCCACGCUGAUGAGCUCGGCUCUGUCGGGUCUGGCGCCCGCCUCCAACUACACGGUGUACCUGGCGGUGCGGCAGGGCGCCCAGCUGCUGGACACGGUGGUGGCGCUCAGCGGCGUGCUCACGCCCGACAACGUGCCGCCCACCUUUGCGGGCGUCGGCGGGGUUCAGAACCUGACCGUGGACUCGCAGCGGUUCACGAUGCGCCUGCCGGUGGCGCUCAGUGAGGCUGGCAACAUCACCUUCGCCAUCUACCGCAAUGCCUCGUGCAUUAAUGGCCUGGACCAGGUGCCUGUCUCCACCAUCCUGUCCGGCGCCCCGCUGCCGGCCUCGCGCUGCAGCUGCGCCGACCCCAGCGCCUGCGCCCCGGUGGUGCUGGGCUCGGCCGCGCUGUCCAGCGACGUGCUGGCGGACACGCUCACCCUCAGCGGCCUGCUGCCGCCCAACCCCUACAGCGCGCUGCGAGGCGCCACAGAGGCGCAGCUCACCUGCCGCACGGACCCGCUGCCGGCGCCCGCCUCCACCUCCCACGCGCUGUACCUGGUGGCCGCGGACGACCUGCCCACCUACCGCGGCUGGAACGUGACCUGCAACCCGCCCGACGCCUCGCCCGGCAGCACCUGCGACGCGGCGGCGCCCGCGCCCUGUGCCGUGGUGCCGCCGCCCGCCGGAUCCGCCCUGGCGCUGUACCCCAACAACCUGCAGGCGCUGCCGUACACCGCCCUGGCGCUCAAGCAGGGCACCUUGGCGCAGCAGGGCGCCGCCACGCGGCCGGUGCUGGGCUCGUUCGACCUGCCCGCCGGCGACCGCGUGGCCUUCGACCCGGCCAUCACCAAAAUCACCGCCUCCGCCGCCACCGUCACCUUUGCCUUCCGCAUCACGCGGGUGGCGGCGGUGCAAUACCGGCUUGACCAGUUCAACGGCUCCAAUGCCUUCUCCGGCGUGCUGCCCGUGUUCGACCCCUCGGUGUCGUACAGCGUGUCCAUCAGCCGUACCUGCACCGGGGGGCUGCUGGACCAGCCCUCCUACACGCUGUGGUACUGGGCCACGGACGUGUACGGCAAGUCCAGUCCCGCCGUGGCGGCCAGCGUGGUGCUGCAGUAGUUAUGUGGUAGGAGGAGGAGGAGGAGGAGGAGGAGGAGGAGGAGGAGGAGGAGGUGGAGGUGGAGGGCGGCCAUGGAGGCACAAUGGUGUGACCUGGCAUGGCAUUGAAGGCUUAAGCACCACGGCUUGGCUACGGUACUCCUGCAUAACAGCGCUUGCAAUAAUUUGAUUGGUUAUAGAGUUUCAGGCUGAUGCCGAUGGUCCUCUUCGCCCAGGUGGCUGGCUGGCAACAGAAACAUCCAGGACAGCCUUGCGAUGGACGUGACAGUGGUACUUGUUUGACGAUUUCGUGUGACGGCUGGUUACUGACUGCGUUGCACUGGGGGCGUGCUAGGGCACAGGCGAUGGUCUGGGGCAUUGUGAGACAUACGGUGCCAUUACAAACCCGCAACGUGACCUGUCACGCGCAACUCAACCAUAUUAUGCUUUUACUGCAAGUAAGUGCGACUAACGAAUGAGACAAGCAAUGCGGACAGCCUUAUCCGCCACCACCAUCGCUGUCUGUGGUGCAGGCAUGUGUGUGCGUGUCUGGCAUGGUGAAGGCCCGAAUGGCCUUGGAUGCAUGAUUGAUGACGGCUUCUUUGCGUGCCGCUGGGAUGCAUGUGGCAUGCACGCGUGUCAAGUGUUAAUGGCUUCGAUAGCUUCCGUGUGCGGUUGUACUGCUCUAUCUACGUUAGCCAUGUCCAUUAAUGCACUU